AUGGAUGCUGUGAAGAGACCUUUUACUGUGCUAAUUGAGGGAAAUAUUGGUGUUGGUAAAAGCACUUUCUUGCAGUAUUUCAAACAAUACGAAACCGUCGAAGUCAUUCCAGAACCUGUUGAUGCAUGGCAAAAUUUGAAUGGUUCGAAUAUGUUGGAUCUUGUUUAUAAAAAUACUGAGAAAUGGGCAUUUCCGUUUCAAUCAUAUACGAUGUUGCUUAUGCUUGAAAACCACUUGAAACCAACCGAAAAGGCAAUUAAAAUAAUGGAAAGAUCACUAUUCAGCGCAAAGCAUUGCUUUAUUGAAGUAUUGACGCAGUGCGAACAAAUUAAAAACGAAGAACGAUCCAUUCUAAACAAAUG